AUCUGGCAUGCCCGGUGUCCAAUGGGAGGAGCCGAAAACAAAACAGUGCUUGGAGCUCGCUAAACUCCGAACGCCAUCUUGUAGGCAAAGGGCUGUUUAAAGCGACACAAAUCCGCAAAACUGGUCAACAGGAGUUCCGGCGCUCGUUUGUUUCCCCUCCUCUCAUAGGAACCUCUAGGGGUUCGGAGAAACGCGCAAGUCAUGGGUCGGAGUUGUUAUGCUGCACAUUAAAGACGUACAAGUGAGGACUUCGCCGCCUUGCUAGUUAGCUUCUAGCUCGGGGGAAGAGGAGCGGGGGAUUUGGGUGGUUUUUUCCCCCCCUGAAGUAGUUUGUUUAUGUUGUUCCACACGGACAUGUCAUCUUCAAACCAAGAUUUAGCAGACCCAGAUCUGGGUAUGGGGGCAAGCGGGGCCCAAGCAAGUGGUGGGGCUGUCGUACCAAAAGGGAGCAACAAGAGACGAGCUGCCUCGGAUUUUGAUGACGAUGAAGGAAACAAGUUGUUCAGGUGUGAUGAUGACAUAGGAGGCUCCAACGACAAAGAGCGGUUUGCUAGGUUUUUGGAAGAGGAUCAAACUUUUGCAGAUAAGGAAAAACUCGCCAGGGAGAACCACAGCGAGAUAGAGCGGCGGAGGCGGAACAAGAUGACAGCCUACAUCACGGAGCUGUCUGACAUGGUGCCCACAUGCAGUGCGCUGGCACGGAAACCCGACAAACUCACCAUCCUGCGAAUGGCCGUUUCCCACAUGAAGUCUCUUAGAGGGAGUGGAAACACCAACCCAGACGGCUCUUACAAGCCUUCCUUUCUCACUGACCAGGAGUUGAAGCACCUCAUCCUGGAAGCAGCAGAUGGAUUUCUCUUUGUGGUCUCAUGCGAGACCGGUCGCAUCGUUUACGUCUCGGACUCUCUGACACCCGUCCUGAACCAUUCACAGUCUGACUGGCUGGGCUCGUCCCUCUACGACCAGCUUCACCCCGAUGAUACGGAGAAGCUGAGGGAGCAGCUGUCUACAGCAGAGAAUAACAACACAGGGAGGAUGUUGGACUUGAAAACAGGAACAGUGAAGAAGGAGAGCCAGCAGUCCUCCGCCCGGAUGACAAUGGGAGCCCGGCGAUCAUUCAUAUGCAGAAUGAGAUGUGGCUCUUGUCCAGUGGAACCCAUAUCCAUGAACAGACUACACUUCCUUAGGAAUAGAAACAGGAAUGGUUUGGGUGUAGCAAAGGAAGGCGAGCCUCAGUACGUGGUGGUUCACUGUACAGGAUACAUAAAGUCCUGGCCACCUGCAGGAGUGUCCUUAUCAGACAAUGAAGCGGACAACCCUCAAGGGAGUCGCUACUGCCUUGUUGCCAUCGGCAGACUACAGGUGACGUGCUGUCCAGGUGACACAGAUGUAAACAGCAUCAGUGUUCCAGUGGAGUUCAUCUCGCGGCAUAACUGCCAGGGCAUAUUUACAUUUGUUGAUCACCGCUGUGUGGCAGCUGUCAGCUACCAGCCUCAGGAACUGUUAGGGAAGAAUAUUUUAGAACUCGCCCAUCCAGAAGACCAGGGCUUGCUCCGGGACAGCUUCCAACAGGUGAUGAAACUGAAGGGUCAAGUACUUUCCGUGAUGUUCAGGUUCCGCUCCAAGUCCAGAGAUUGGAUUUGGAUGCGAACCAGCUCCUUCACUUUCCAGAAUCCAUUUUCCGAGGAGAUUGAAUAUAUCAUCUGCACAAAUGUUAAUGUCAAAAAUGCGACCCAGGACCCCCUCACUCCCAACCAUUCCCCAGGGGGUUUGCUGCCCCCUUCACUGGUUCAGAGCCGCUCAAACAACCCCCCAGUGGUUCUUAGCCCAGGGAAGGUACCUACCAGACAAUUGCAGCAGCAACAACAGCAGGCUGAGCUCAAAGGCGGCACUACAAGAGAAGGCUUAUACGAAGCAGGACCCAUCACACUUGCACAGAUGCCGGUGCAGCCAGUGACGUCCACUGGGGCAGACCACACCAAAAGCUUGGACAAACCUGAUCUAUACCCCUCCCUUUUCCAAGGCCCCAGUCAGACAAAGGGUGUCACCUCCACGCCGACACCCUCAGCCCAAAUCUACCCCACUAUUAACAACUUCAAUGCUACUCACUCCAGUGACCCAUACAACAGACCAGUCAGUAUGGCGCCACAGAUGACACAGCCAGCCAACUCAGCAGGGCAGAUGCUGGCCCAGAUGUCCCGCCAGAAUGGAGCCCAGCAGCCCGUCACCCCCUCCAACACAAGCAGCCCCCUUCAUGGAGGACCGCCAGGUGGUUGGCCUGGACCUGGAGCAGGAGCUGGAACGCAGUUCAAUAAUCAGCAGAUGGCACCCCAAGCAGCAAAGACCAUGUCUCCACCAUUUGCUUCCAUGGGUGGAUUUGGAGGCGGCUCUUCUAGUUCUUUUGGCCAGAUGCCUACUGGUGCUGCUCCCAGCCAAACCAGUAGCGGAAACUACCCACAAAUCAACGCGAGAGUCAGCAUCAACACAAACGGUUAUGAUGGUUCUCAGUCGCAGUUCCCCUCCCGGGCAACGGAGGCAGUGUGGCCCCAGUGGCAGGGCCAGCAGCACUCGCAGAGCAAUGCAGACCAGCACCCACAUGCACAAGGCAACCAGCAAGACAUGUUUACUGACGUAUUGUCCAUGCUGGACCAACCUACCAACUUCAACAGCGAUGACUUUGAUCUUCCCAUGUAUCCCUCAUUUAACGAGUGACUGCAGGUCGACAGCCCUCUCUCCUCCCCCAUCCCCAACGCACACACUUUUUGUUGUUGUUUCACUCGUCCUUCUCUCCUGCUUAUGAGAGCAGCUCUAUUUGCUUUUUUUUCCUGACUUCCAUCGCACUGCUCCUAACUACAGGUAAGAUGAGCGGGGAAAGAAAAUCAAAGGAUGCCAGCCAUUUUCUCUACAAAAAAAAAAAAAACUUUGGCAAACAUGCACAAGAAGUGAAUCUAUUCUCACACAAUCACACACAAUGGCCUUUUGUUCAUGUAGGUUCCUGAUUCUCCUCAGGCCUUUGAACUACUAGAAUACACAAUCGAUCCAAUCUGUAUUCAUGUUAUUUUUUUUAAUAACUCUCAGGAAAUGGCAAGGCUGUGUUUGUUUGUUUUUAAUUAUUAUUUUGUCUGCGCACACAUGAGCACAAGGUCUGUUUGUGCUUACCAUACUGACGUUUUGAAAUCCACGCCAUGCCUCUGCAUGCCAGCACUACUUUCAUGGAGUGCUUCUACAUCAUAUUGACUCAUACGCAACAUGGUUUUCUACUUGGCUUCACCUAUACAUUCUUGCUGUUUUUCUUGAGGUAGAAUAAUAUAUUUUUGUUAAUCGUGCAGUGGAACCUCUAAAGUUGACCACCAUCUUUUCAGUGAUGCUGGCGGGCUUUCAAUUAGAAUAACAUUCGGCCUAUUCAGUGCAGUGGUGUAUAAGCUGCAAUCACUAAAUUAGCGUUCCAUUGACUGAAUACAGUUUCUUGAUUCUUGAUUAACCGGUAUCCAAUCUAUAUUACUUUUGGGUCUACACCCUUGGUGCAUACUAUAUGUAUCAAACGUGUAUGAGUGUAUUGCGAGGAUAAGCGGCUUGGAAAAUGGAUGGAUGUAUAAUAAGUAUCAUGCUACGUUUCAAAAGUCUGUUUCAGACGUGCUUGGUAUUCUCUUCUGUUGCCCUGCAUUACUCUGUACUACGUAUGGGCGGUUUGUACUCCUUUUGUUAAAAAAAAAAAAAAUAUGGAAAAAAGACAUCACACAGCAAUAAUUUACAGAGACAAAUAACACAGUUGUGUAUUUUUAAAGAUGUUCUUUAUUUGUGUCUAAACUGUUCCAUUUGGGGGUUAGUCAUUUGUGGAUUUCUGGACUUGGGAAUGUUUCAUUGGUCUCAUUGGUAUUUUCUGUAGUUGUUUCAUCAGACUAUUUAGGAUACAAAUGGGGAAAAAACAGGUAAAGAAAAAACAAACAUUACUUGUUUCCAUGCUUGAGAGAAACAUUAACUAACCCUUAUGAUGCUGUGUGUAAAGCCUUUCUUUUUCAAGAAGCUUUCUGUCUUUUGUCGUUUUGGUCAUUCUGUGAACAGGGGUUUUCCCAAUGAUGUGAAGUUUUAUCACUCAUAAAGACACAAAUAUAUAAAUAAUUCUGUAAAUGUCUAUCAAAUGUUCAACACAUGAACGAAGUUUGUUUUUGUAUUAAAUUUAUAUAU